AUGGCUCGUCUGGAACAGGUCAUCAUAAGCAUUGUGGAUAUAUUUAUGGAGUAUGCUGAUGAUGAAGGCAAGAAACGCAAGUUAAACAAGGAGGAAUUGAAGAUGGUGUUCGAGAAGGAAAUACAAAGCGACGAGUUAAAAGGGAAAAUCAAUACAGAUGACAUUGAGGAGGCUAUGGAGAUGCUGGAUAAGAACCACGAUGGCGAAGUCAACUUCCGAGAGUUCUGCAGGUGUGUGUCUGCCCUGGCCAGAAGUUACUACCAAAGCAAGCAAGGCAAAGGUGGCAAGAAAAGCAAGGGAGCUCAACCACAAUAAAGACUAAAAAUGCUACUGGUGGUAGGAUAUAUCCAUGAUGAAGCUCGACCUGUGUU